AUGGCUCCCAACCUCCGCAUCAUGGGUGCCCGUCUGCUGACUCUCUUCCUCGGCGCCUUCCUACUCGCCAGUAUCGUCUCAGCUCACGGCGCUCACGAGGCCGAAGAGCUCGCCGAGCUGGAGAAGUAUAGUCUCACUCACGCCACCAACCUGGCUCAUUGUCGUGACACCCUCCAGCGGGAUGGUGUUCUUGCCCGGGCCAUCGAGCGCCGCGCCGCCGUCGUCGAAACCCACAUGCGCCGUCGGGACAUUAUUAGCGUCCUUCGCAAGGAUCAUGAGAACAACACAGUCAACUGGAAGUCUACUGAUCGCGAAAUCUUUGCGACGCGCGAUGAUGGAUGCGUGCUCACGCCCGAGUCUACUGAGGGUCCUUUCUAUAUUGAGGGCGAAAAGCUGCGUUGGAACCUGCAAGACGGGGAGCAGGGCGUUCUGAUGUACCUGGACUUUCAGAUCAUCGAUACCGAGACAUGCAAGCCUGUCGAGGGACAGUAUGUCGAGAUUUGGCACACGAACGCUACGGGCAUCUACUCGGGCGUCCCCUACUCCUUCGACCCAUCGAACCGCAAGACCACAUUCGGCCGCGGCAUCUCGACGACAAACUCCGACGGCGCCGUAUGGUUCGGAUCCAUCUUUCCCGGCCACUACGGCGGCCGCACGCCGCACGUUCACAUCAUGACACACAACGCGGACUACGCCGACCCCCUGACGAACCGCACCCUCCAGAACAACGUCGCCACCCACGCCGGCCAGGUCUAUUUUGACCAGCGUCUCGUCGACGCUGUCCGCAACGUCUAUCCUUACAGCGCCAACGAGCAACGUUUCACGACCAACUUUGCCGACGGCUUCUUCCGCCAGGCGUCCUCGGUCUCAGACCCGGUGCUCAGCUACUUCUUCCUCAAUAAGGCGGAGGAAGGAUAUGGCAAUGUCGAGGGCGGUUUGCUCGCUUGGAAGAUCAUCGGCGUCAACAUGACGCGUGAGCGGGAGAUUUCUGUCAUGGACACCUUGCAUGCCGGUAAGAAGUGA